GGUCCCUCCCUAGCCCAGAUGGCCGCCACAGCGGUCGUGCUGGCCGCAGCUCUGGGUGGAGGGCUGCUUCUCAUAGCCCGGCGCCUCUGGUCGGCGGCGGGGAAGGUGACUCGCAGCGUGUCUGCCGCUUCCAUGGAAGGCAAGACGGUGAUUAUCACCGGAGCUAACAGCGGCCUCGGACGAGCUACGGCGGCGGAGCUGCUACGGCAACACGCGAGGGUCAUAAUGGCUUGCCGGGACCGCGGCCGCGCCGAGGAGGCAGCGCGCGAGCUCCGCGCCGAGCUCGGCCUGUGCUCGCGGGGAGGGGGCGAGUGCCGCGGGGAACUCCUGGUGCGAGAGCUCGACUUGGCCUCGCUCCGCUCAGUGCGCAGCUUCUGCCAGCAGGUGCUGCAGGAACAGCCUAGGGUGGAUGUCUUGAUCAACAAUGCAGGGAUAUUCCAGUGUCCCUACACAAAGACAGAGGAUGGUUUUGAGAUGCAGUUUGGUGUCAACCAUUUAGGCCAUUUCUUGCUUACAAAUCUCCUCCUGGGGCUUCUGAAGAGCUCCGCCCCCAGCAGGAUUGUGGUGGUUUCCUCCUCCCUUUACAAGUAUGGAGAGAUCAACUUUGACGACUUGAACAGCGAGCUGAGUUACAACAAAAGCUUUGCUUACAGUCGAAGCAAACUGGCUAACCUCCUGUUUGUCAGGGAGCUGGCCCGACGCUUAGAAGGCACCGGAGUCACUGUCAAUGCCCUCCAUCCUGGUAUUGUCAGAACAAAUCUAGGCAGACACAUACAUAUUCCUUUACUGGUAAAGCCCCUCUUAAAUUUGGUGUCUUGGGCUUUCUUCAGAUCCCCCUUGGAAGGAGCCCAGACAUCUAUUUAUCUGGCCUCCUCUCCUGAAGUCGAGGGUGUAUCUGGGAAAUAUUUUGGAAACUGCAAGGAGCAGCCACUACCGCCUAAAGCCGCAGAUGACUUAGUGGCAAGGAAACUGUGGGAUAUCAGCGAAGUGAUGGUGGGGCUGCUAAAAUGAAUGCCAAGGGGAUGCACCAAAUAAGUAUAUUGUGUAAAUUAUUUAUUUUGAGACCUUACCAUUUCCUGCCUCAAUUGUCCUUUCCCUGUUGAGACACAGGAAGUACAAACAAUUCUGUGUCUAUGAUUGGGAAGCAUUAUAGCAACCAGUGCAGGAUAUCUCUCUGUGUGGUUUUUUUUUUUUUAAAGAAUCUAUUCUUGGUACUAAAGAAAUGUCAUAUUUAAAGAGAAGAUUUAGAAUAUAAGAAAAAAGCCAGUAUAUUUCUGUUUUGAGAAAAGAUGUAGUUGUUCAGCAAAGGGGAAGUUGUCUGGUUUCUAAUAUAUAUAUGCUGGCCAUUCAGAGCUUUAUGUCUGAAUUAGCUGUGCAUGAUGCUGUAUUUGAAGUGUGUGGCACCUUUGUUUCUUUAUUCUUAAAGGGAUGCGAGGCAUAUGAGGGGAGGGAGAGAAAUGUCUUGGGAGCACAGUGUGUGUCUGCCUGCUUUGGUGAGCAAACCCCGCUAGAUAUACACACAGAGACAGUAUGGGGAAACCUGACUUGCGGUGAAGUAACACUGUUGCCAACUGGUUCACCAGAUGCUUUUGGAGCAGAAUCCGGGACACAGUUGAGCAUUUAAAAGUCUUGCACAGGGUACAGCUCAAAAACUUAUUUCCAUCUAUUGUUGCCUCAUUGCCAGCUACCCUUACCCCUCCUUAAAAAAAAAAAAAAAAAAAAAGCUCUGUUGAGACAGCUCAGGCAUAUCAGUCAGGUGUACUUUUUGGGCAUCUCAGAUGUUGGCCUGAACCUUUACAUUUAUUAUACAGCAAGGCUGAAGCCUGCUGUGUUGGAAACGUGUGCCCAGGGCCAGGUGUGGAAAAGCCAGUUUUAGGUAUCUCAAGCGUGCACUUAUUAAGUAGAUUAUUUGUAUUUCCCAAAACCAAGCAGCCAGGACUUGGCAAGCCCACGGAGGCUGCGGUCCUAAGCAGCAUAGCCUAAUAAGCCUUGCUGAAAUCUAUACCCCUCGCCUCAACAUCAAAUACAUAAAAGUGGGAUAUGGCACAAGGUUCUUCACAAAUGCAAGAGUUCACCUGUCCGGAGCCGUCUCAGGGGUUCGUAUUCCUGUGCCCUUCUUUCAGAGAAAGACAUUUUGGUAUAUAUUAAUAGAUGUGAAUUGAACUCCACAUUAAACCGGAAGCUGAGAGCUUGGCCUCUAUGGAUUUAAUCAGAAAUAAGUGAGGUCACUGAAAAAGUAUGUGUAAACUACAAGCCCCAAACCACCUAAAGCUGCCAUCUGUUCCUCAUUACAGUACUACCAAGUGGUUUCUGUGGCCUCAGUGAGCGUGCUUCCAUUUGACAACUUUCUGCUUUUAAAUACAGUGGGUUGGAUCCCUAGGUACUCUUAUGCGAGCGGAAGACAUUCCCACAUAUACCGGGGG